AUGGCCACCGUCGAAGAAACUGCCGUGACUACUGAUACCACCACCACCAUAGUCGCUGAAACUACUACUACGACCGAUGUCACAACAGAAGUAGUGGCCGUUCAGGAGACUGUAGUUGUUCAAGAGACUGCGGUUACUGAUAGCGAGCCCGUAAAAACCGAAGAAGAAAAUGAGAACAAGGUCUUUGUCGGUAAUUUAGCAUUCCAGACUACUGAAGCUGAAUUGUCCGAGUUCUUUGGAAAAGUUGGUAAAGUCGUCAAAGCCAACAUCAUCACUCGUGGUACCCGCUCACUUGGUUACGGCUUCGUAGCUCUGGAAACAAAGGAAGAUGCCGAAAAAGUCAUCGAAGAACUCAACCGUAAAGAACUAGGGGGCCGUAUGAUCAACGUCGAAGCUGCGAAACCGAAAACAGACUCCGGGAAUCCCCCCGCUUUUCAUCCGACAUCUCGUCGUGGCCGUGGGAGGUACUUACGCGGUCGGGGUAGAGGACGUGGAAGGGGUCGGGGACGUGGCAGAGGACGGGGUGGCUGGCAAGGUCGCCGUCGCUUCUCAGGUCGCAACGACGACUCUACUGCCAUCACCAGUAAUGAUACUACUGCCGGCGUCGACGCCCCUAAUACUAACGGCACUCACGCCGAUGAAAGCGGCAACUAUAAGAGCAACCGUGGACCGGCCAAUUCUUAUGCAGCUGGAGCUGCUAAAACCGGUGAUCCAUCCAAAACUGUCGUCUUCGUUGCCAACUUGCCGUUCUCAAUUAAUGACGAUGGAUUAGGAGAUAUCUUCAAAGACUACCAGGUAAAGAGUGCCCAUGUUGUUCGUCGUCGUGGUGGACGCAGUAAAGGUUUCGGGUUUGUUGAAUUGAUUGAUGAGAAUGAACAAAAGAACGCCCUUGAAGGGUUGAAGAAUGUUCAAAGUGAAGGUAGAGAACUGGUUAUCAAAGUUGCGUUGAGUGAUCAACAAGCUCACGUGGACGAAGAAAAAGCUGGUGUCGAAGAGGGGGGUGAGGUUAGCGCCCCAGCCGCUAAUCCUCCUGCCAACGAAGAGCCCAAUAAGGAGGAAAGUGAAACUACGGCUUAA